UUGUAAAUUAUAUUUUCAUUGCCUAGAGCACACACAUAUUUAUAGAUGCGUGAGUCAGUAAAUGAAUGAUCGUAAAGCAUCCACGUUCUGUCAACGUAAGUGCUGCGUGGUUUAUAACACUCACAACCUUAAACCCAAAUCUUCCGAAAAUGGCCUGUUAUUUACCCGAAAUCAUCGUCGCCAACAUCCUCCACCGCCUGCCGGCCAAGACCCUACUCCGCUGCACCGCCGUCAGUAAACACUGGUAUUCCCUAAUCACAAGCCCUCAAUUCAUCUCCUCGCAUUUGAAUUUCUCCGCCGCGAGGGAGGAUCGCGCUGUCCUGCUCCGUCGUUGCGUCCACAAUUCCGAGCGCUACGACCUCUACAAGGAAGACCAUUCUUUCGCCAGCCUCCGCAGUUUGGAAUUCCCCUUCUGGAGCAUAAAUUCGUGCUUCACAAUUGUCGGCAGCUGCAAUGGCCUGCUCUGCCUGUCCGACGAUAGGGUUUAUCUCACAAGCACAAUUAUUCUGUGGAACCCUUGCAUCCGGAGAUCAAUUCGCCUCCCGAACCCUAAUUUGGUUUCCAAUUCAUUUGGCACAUUCAUCCAAUGCCUCGGAUUCGGGUUCGAUUCGGUCUCCAGCGAUUAUAAGGUGAUUAGGAUAACUUAUACAUAUUGUUUCAUUGGCGAGUAUCCUCGGGUGGAGCUUUACAGGUUGAGCGGAGGUGUGUGGGAAGAAUCUAGUUGA